AUGUCAGAGUCCAGGCAGCUUGAUUUGCUUGAAUAUGCAAACCAAGUGAUAAAUACAAAACAGCUCGAACCAGAGUAUAUGCUUCCCCACCUAUGUCAAAUGCUAAAGACAAUAGACAUACUUGCCAAGAAAGAUAGAAUUUGUAGCCUAUCAUUUGAUUCACUUUACAAGACAAAAGGAAUUCAUCUCUGGAAUACAGCUACCUUACUUACUCAAGAUGGACUAGAUGCAAAAGAUUGGUGUACUUUACACGCACUGCUGCGACAUGUUGGCUACUAUAUGAUCCAGUUAGGAACUACAGAUAAAUCUACAGACUGUGGAGAUUAUGAAAGGGCAGAGAAAGCGUUUGAAGAAGCUCUUGGAUGGAAACACAAGGCAGAGAGCACUAGCUCACUUUCAAAGCCUGACCGUACAUGGUCAUACCAACAUAUGGAUACCUCUGAGCUGUUCAUGUUCAUGGCAGAGCUUGCUUCUAGACGUGGAGAGUGGCGAAAUGCUGAGGAGCUGUUCGACAAGGCUUCAGAUUCGAUUUCUAUAUAUGAUGAUAACAAUAAAACACAAAAGACAGAAUUUAUGCUGAGACUGUGCAUUAUUGUUGGAACCGAACUCUCUCAUACUUCUGCUAAAGAUGCUCUAUUGAGAUUACUACAGAUGUAUUCAAAUAGAUUAGAAGAUUCUUUGUCAUCUAAUCUGACCAAGAUGCUCUUGCGAAUUUCUUCUGAUAUGCACAAAGAUGUAGUGUAUUAUAUGGCAAGAUUGUUUAUCUUGAUUAAAGUCGAUAAUCCUGUCAAAAUUACUGUUGAGAGAGUUUACUUUCAGGCCAUGGAAAAAUGCUCUGUUCAAACAGGAGACAUGUUAAUGAACACAUUGAGAAAUCUCCAGAAUAUUGUCCAAGCCGAUACUCUUGUCAGUGGGCUAGAUUUACUCAUUCAAAGAAAUCUAAACACAAAUCAUCCAAAAUCUGAUGAUCUGGCUACUUUUCAAACCCUGACUCUCUUCAAACUUUCAUUCAUUGCAAAAUGUACUCCUCAAGACAUUUCAGCGACUGAAGAAUUGCUCGAAUCAACAAUGAAUGGAGUGUACCUUUUACGAGAAGAAAUGUGUACCGUCGAUUUGCAAUUAUUUCAAAUGCUUAUGUGGAGAAUAGGCGAUUGCUUCUAUGAGAAGCAAGAUUUUAGCCAUGCGUUGGUAUGGUAUAAGCAUACAUGGUCUUUGUGUCUUGCAUCAUUUCCUAAAGAUCCAAACACCCUUGUUCUUGCAAGAAAAUUAGCAGUGUGCUAUCUUGAAGCAGACUUACCUGAAAGAGCUUUACACUAUCUGUCAGAGAGCUUUCCAGAUGAUACAUUCUCUAAUGAAGAUUAUAUUUUAUUGUUUGACAUUUCUAUAAAGUUAUCUAUGUGGUCCAAAGCACUAUUGUAUUUGGAAAACUUGAUUUCUUCAAAAGGUCUCGAGAUGUACGAGCUGUUAUCCGCAAACCAACCCAAAAUUCUCCAUUGUGUUUUUGCGCAUGUUUGGAAUCUUUAUCAAAAGAAUGGUCCGGACACGACCACAUACUUUGACAUAUUGACACUAGCUAGGUGGAUGGUCAAACUUGGUAUCAAUCAGGAUCUGACUAGAUUGGAGGGUAAUGACAGCCAAACCUACAAUGAUAGGCAAAAGGUGUGCGCUUUGAUGUGUGCUACAGCAUAUGUAUUUUCGGACUUUCCCAAAGAGGACAACGUGUAUAAAGAGCUGUCGGAUAUUUUGUGCCAAUUAAAGAAUACGAAUGAGGAUGUAGAUAACGAUAAGAAUAAGGAUCCAUGGACAAGCAUUGUGCAGUUAUUCGAAAUAGAAGCUAUGGUCAAACUUGGUCAUUUUGAAGAAGCAGCAAAGGCACAAUAUGCCCAGACUUCCGAGAAUGCUUCUGCAGGACGAAUAUGUGGAAGAAUGACAGCUGCCUUUCUACAAGUCCAAUGCCCUAUUCAAAUUCUGAUUAGAGUAUUAGAGGCUCUGAUCGGUUUAUUCUAUGCACGCAAAAGACCUGAUGAAGUGGAUAGGUGUGCAAAAUGGACUCGACUUUACCUAGCAAUCUCAAUUGAACAUGACAAGAAAAGGACCCUAGAACUUCUUCAAAAGACACUCUUGUAUAUGGGUUGUGAAACUUACCCCCAAGAUGAACUGUACUACAUCGUUGUGGUUACCUGGAAUGAAGGUGUCGCCCUUUCCUACUCUCAUGAUUCUGAUAAAGCACGCCAAUGGUGCCAGCUAACAUUUUCCUUGUUGAAAUAUAUGAAAAACAAGGAGAAACUUAAAGAUGAAAUGACUCAGGCCUAUGCAUUAAUGAUGAGGUUCAAUACUUAG